ACUAGGGGCAUUGCAAAGGGCUCCAUGUGACACUGGGAGAGACAGAUCAUGGUUUUGCCUGCAGUGCCACCUCCCUCCUUCUCUUAAUAGAGCUCCGACACCAAGUCAUGCAGUCAGCACCCCAGGAGGAGAGAGGGACCCGCAUCGCCACCAUCCACCCAAAUGCGCACGUGUUGGCGGGCCUUCCCUACACGCCUCACAGCUCUUUGUUUGACUUCCUGCGUGGAGAGCCGAAAGUCCUGGGGGCCGUCCAGAUCCUGCUGGCUCUGCUCAUCACGAGCAUCGGGACUGUGUUUGUAGUGCACCACUUGCUGUUCUCAGGGACCCUUCCCGUGGUCUUUCUCUCGGCCUAUCCCCUCUGGGGACCCGUCAUCUUUAUUGUCACGGGGUGCCUCACGAUGAAGGAGCAAAACUCAAAAACACUGAGGCAGUCGGUCACAACCACGAACGUCGCCAGCGCCUUCGCCGCCACAGCGGGGAUAGUGCUCACCCUCAUCAGCUGCACACAGCAGUAUAAGUUCUGCCAGAAGCAGUCUGUGGACGGCCCCUGUGCUAUAGGAAGAACGCUUCUCCUUGGGCUCCUGUCCAUCUUACUCAUCAUCAGCAUUGUGCAGUUCAGCAUCUCUGUGACCAUCACAUGCUUCAGAAGUAAGUGUUGGAUGCAGUCAGAUGAGGUUGUGUUUUUCUUGCCUACAGAUAUUAUUAAAAGCAGGGAGCAGCCUGCCCAGGAAGAGAAUGCUCAGCUGCAAUCUGAUCAUCAGAAAGAGCCUUACAGUUUUGAUGUACCACCACAAGCGAAAGUUGUUUUCUUCGGAGGCUAUGCUUUCUUCCAGUUAAGACACUCAAAAAGUUUUUCCAGCCUACACGGCUCACAGCCAAACAGGGAAAGGGCUCUACCUUCUCCAAAUGAAGAGCAGGAAAACAUCUCUUCACGCUUUAAAUUCUCCAAUGCAAAAACUGGACUGAAACCCUUACUCUCCACAUCAGAAGCAAGGUUGCCACAAAACGUACACGCUCACCAAGUCUCUACAGUGAAACAACUGAGUGAAGAAGACCUAAAAUACGCUAUUGUACACAGCCCCAAAGAGCAAGCUCGGAGGGCUUGGGACAAGGACUUGCCCUUGCAAGCUUUUCCGUCCCCAACUGCAGAAGUUCUCUCUGUGUUCCCAGUUGAAGCCCUGCCAACCAAAGCUCUGCUAAUGAAGGCCUCACCAGUACAAGGCAUGCACUCCAAAUCCCCUCUAUUCCGUAUCACAGAGUCCUCUAACUGGAUCAGUGAAAACUCAUCCCCUAAAGACAAACCCCCACAAGAUAAACCACCCCAAGCAGGGCCAGCACAAGACAUGCUAGAAGCCUCAGCAUUCCAUCCUGUGAAGUCCCCUAAUACUGAAUACCUACUUCAGGUACCAUCAGGUUUUAAGAAACAAAGAAUUGAAGCUCAAAGCCAGCGGUCAGAAAUUAUAUAUCAAGACAUUCUAACUGAAGUCCUGGAAUUGACCCAAGAGUGGCAAUCCACAGGAGGGAUCUCCUCAGACCACAGAGGCAUAGGCAGGCACUCCCCACGGAGCAGCUCCUUAGGCCCGCAAGUAAAACGGAGGAAAUCUGCAAGACGGAAAUCCCUAGAGCAGAAAAUCAGAAGCUUCCUAUUCUCAAAGAAGCAUACCAUAAAUAAGAAGUCCCAAUAUACUCAAACCUCAGAACAGUUCCUAGACUCGCAGGUGGAAGAUCGGCAGGCCAAAGCGGAGCGGUCUCCAUGGCAGAACUUCAGAGGCAAAGAAAGUAAAGAUCAGCAGGCUAAAAAGGAGCAGUCUGCAAAAAAGCAAGCCCCUGGUCAACAAGCUGAGGAGGACAAGCCCCCCAAAGGCCAGGCCAGAGGUUGGCGAGCUGAAGGACCACGAACUCAAGGGGAGGAUGUCCCAGGGCAGCCAUACCAUGACUCCCAAAGCACAGCAAAGCAAGCUCCACACCGAUCAGCCCCAGACUCGUCAUCUUUCAUACAGGAAUCCCUAAAACAGAAGGGUUUGUACCCAGAAGUCCAAGCCCAGAAUGCUCCAGCCCAACGUGACCUGGGCUGGCAGCUUCAAUACAAGCAGUUCCAGGAGGAGGAUCAAGAUUCUCAAUCCAGAAUGAUGCUAACUAAUGCUGCGCAGAUAGGCAGUGUGCAAACGCGAGACAUCCUCCUAGCAGGCGUGGACCGUAGAGACCAAAACCCAACAGACACGCAAUCAGAAGACACGGAACCAGACGACCAUCCUUCUUCUAGCCAAAGUGGUGUCCAAGAAACAUAUUUAACGUGUUUAUCUAACAAGGAUUCAGAACAAGAGGUCCAACAAAACACUUCCCUUUGCUCAGGGUCAACCAAGGAUGACAUGAACAUGCAGUCUCCCUCCUGCUCUCUAAAUGGUGAGCCACAGCAGUCGGAGGAGUCUGACUAGCAUGCAGAGCAGCCUCCCACAACAGAAGCAAGUGAAAGAAACAGUCACCCUCCUGAAACGCCGCUCUCCAUCAUCGCUAACACCUCCUGCGUGGUAGACACGCAGGGCCCUCCACGAAUCCAUCCUCGAUCGACAUGCCUCGUCAACAAACCAAACACAAACAGGGUAUCAGGACUUGGUUGGGGGCAAAGGAAUA